AGUAGCGGUCGGACCACUUCCAGCAAUUAUGGUUUUAUUUUCGAAUUACCUGUCCGUCGUUGCGGUCGCAGCAGUGAUAUUGUGCAGAAUGGCUGAGAAUGUCGUUUGUGUAAGUGAUAAAUAUAUGGAAGAAAGACAUCAAAUCUUGAAAAUGGAAAAAUACAUGUUCAUCGGAGGCAACACUGUUCUGUCUGAAAAAGAAAUGCAGGUGAAUAAAAUAAUCAUGAAAGAUAAAUUAGCAGAACUAACCCUUGGAUAUGAAAAUAUCACCAAUUUUCUGCCUUCGCAACAUUUUUUCAAGGCUAAACCUAAGAUAAAUUCAUCGAAAGUUUUUUCUACAUUGAAAAAAAUACCGAAAGGAGCAUCCCUACAUACACACCUACUCGCAGGUGUCUCUGUAGAUUUCAUUAUGGAUAAUUUCACGUACAGAGAAAAUGUGUACGGGUGUGACCUGAAUGGAACUUUCAAACUCAUUGUUCUCCGUACCGCUGACCAGGACAAAAGGUGCCAGUGGAAAGCUUUGGCCGAAUACCGAAGAAAUGACCCAAAUUUCGACAAUUGGUUGAGAAAACAACUCUCUUUAGUGGUAGAAAAUCCUCACGAAACCUACCCUACGGCAGAUAUAGCAUGGAGCCACUUCAAAAAAAUAUUCACCACAGAGUUUGACUUGAUAAGCUAUUCCCCCUUUUUUCGGGAGUAUAUACAGCAACUCCUCAAAGAAUUGUACUUAGAUAACGUUAUGUAUACAGAGAUUAGAGGUACGUUCAUGAGCUUGUAUGACCUUAACGGUACCAAGUACGACAAUGAAUAUUUCUUCAAUGCAUUCAUCGAAACCGUUGAAGAGUUCAAAAGGGGUCAUCCCGAUUUUCUCGGGGUACGCUACAUACAUUCUAUAUAUCGAGGAGUGACUAUUGAAGUUCUCAAGAGUGGUCUUGAGGAGUUGAUUGAACUGAAACGAAAAUUCCCAGACUUCAUAGUAGGAUUCGAUUUCGUUGGGUAUGAGGAAGAAGGAAAAAGUUUAUUGGAUUUUCACGAAAUUCUCCUGGAAGCCAGCAAGGACCUGAAAUUUUAUUUCCAUGCAGGAGAAACCAACUGGUUUGGGCAUACUGAUCUCAAUCUCGUCGAUGCUGUUCUUCUGAAUACAUCAAGGAUCGGACACGGCUUUGGACUGGAUAAACACCCAGUUUUAAUUAAGAUCGCCAAAGAAAAAGAAAUGUGUGUUGAAUUGUGUCCAAUUUCUAAUCAAGUGUUGAUGCUUAUCCAAGAUCCGCGAAAUCAUCCGAUGGUUUCUUUGAUGGCUAAAGGAUUUCCUGUGGUUAUUUGUAACGACGAUCCUUCUGUAUGGGAAGCUACGGGCCUGAGUUAUGACUGGUAUUAUGUUUUUAUGGCGAUGACAUCAAGAACCGCGGGUAUUGAGACCUUGAAGCAAUUCGCUUUGAAUUCUAUAAAAUACAGCUCGAUGGAAAACAACGAGAAAUUAAAUGCUUUGAAGCUUUGGGAAAAGGCGUGGGAAAAAUUUCUCGAUGAAAUGAUCGAUGCAAGUAGUCAUAUAUGAAUACACGUUUAUUUAUAUAAUUUGAAUUUAGUUAAUUAUUUAGUACAAUCUCUCAUAUAUUUGUUUACAGUUCCUUUUUUUAUUCCAUUGUAAUAUUAUUCUAUACUGAUUUUGAUGGUCUGAUAAAUAUGAAUAUGAAAUUACUACCAAAUAUUAAUGCAUUUUAGGAAAUUUAUUUGCUAUUAAAAAAAAUUUGUUUGUG